UGUGGUUUGAAUUGCUCCUAGUGGUUUGAUAUCCUAGUGGAAGCAAAUAUAAUGUAGAACGAUGGAGCCCUAUAAUAAUAAUGAAACGGAAGUAGAUAAGUUUAUAGUAUCUAUUAUUUCAGUCUUCACAGCUAAGAGGUUCAAAUCGUAAAAAGAUUCCUUAGGCUCUUAUUUUAGGUUUAAUGUGCGAAAAAGAAUGUUCUUAAAUUAUAUUGCAAACACGCAAUAGUAGAGGGUGCCUUUUUCCACGACCAGAAAAAGUAUAGAAACUCGGUGUCAGAAGACUACUUAGUCAAAAAGACUUUUCUGGCACUUAUAAUCUUUUCUCGGUGUGUUAUUCCCAGCGUACUAAUAAAGUUUACAUUGUUGCCCCAAUUAAGAUAGCCUGGCCAUUAAAUUAUAUCGGUGUGAAAAGUCUACUUCAGUCAACAAGGGUCUACUUACGGUAAUUUGAUCUACUUCCGGUUCCAUAAUAGCGUUUGAUUGUUGCUCGAUUAAUAAAAUAUAUAAUACUUUUGCCCGAAAAGCCUACUAUGGUAUAAAAGCAACUACUUCCGUUUACUGUAUUUCAUUCCGAUCUAAGGUAUUUAUAGCGUGCAGUAACUUUAGCGUUGUGAUUUCUAUCAAGAAACAUCACUCUUCUAAUGUAUUUAUGAUAAAAUUGUGCUUAGUAUUUAGAAUACUUUGUUACAGUUUCUAUUUCAAAUUCGUUACUGAAUUUUGUUUUGGUUAUUUUUAUCCCGUAUACUUAAGUAUAAAAGUCUUCUUCGGUCAUAAAGGUUAGACUUACAUUUUAAAUAAUCUUACAUGCUGAUGAGUUCCGAAAAUAGAACGAAAACAGGAUCAAACGCAAACUGGGUCAUAAAUAAAUUUCCCAUUUUGCAAGACACUUUGUCCAGGCGACAAAGCUUUGUGACAAAGAGAUCGGUCACCCUUUUGGGAUCCGAACGGGAUUUUCGAUUCUAUGACUAGUUGAUCUUUAUUAAAAAUCUUUCAUUUGUCCAGUUGAAAUCAUAAGACAAGUGUGUGUACUAUUUGAUUGUUGAACGCCAUUGGAAAGUUUAAAAACAAAAUAUAGUUAUUGUAUGGUGUACAACCCUAUUUCAACCCCUGAGGAUGUUUGAUUUUUAUGAAAUUUGGUUUCAUAUGCAUUUUGUUUUAUUAUUUAAAUCAUGAGUAACGUGUAUAACAAAUUUAAUCUUUUUGUGACAUAGAGCAAUUGAGAAAAGAAAUAUAGUUGUUCUAGUCGUUGCAACCCCUUUGGAACCCUAUUUGAUCUUUAUGAAAAUGCUUUAGUUUUUAUACGUAAGUCAUCAGGCAUACGUGUGCUAAAUUUCUGCUGAAACUUUCUGGAAUAUCAGGAAGUUAGGGAAUUAGUAAUAAGUGAGUGAGUGCGUGAGUAAAAGCUUUGCCUUGUUUGUAUAUAAAUAUAAAACAUUUUUAUCAAAACAGUAUAAUCUGAUUUAUAGUGGUUGAUUACAGUUAACAAAAUUUGAAGCAUACUGAAACUUGUACUGGAGAUUUCGAUUUUCGUAUCCAUAACGAGGGUUGUUUUGUUAGUAUUAUCCAACGAAUUAUCAUACUCAGCUCAAGUAUGAUAAAUGUUUGAAGAGUGGUCGAGAACUCCGCUCAAUGCGAGGGAUUGAUCUCCGGGGAGCGUCCUGCCAAUGUUUGCAGUCUACUUCAUUCAAAACUAAAUGGUGAUUUGUGCUAAAAGCCACUUAGUUGUCCUGUUGGUGGUGGUGGCAGUCAAUUUGGUAGUCGCUGUGGACUUGGACCAACAAUUGGAGAGAGAUGACAUUAUAGAGGCUGUGAACUCUCGUGACACUACAUGGACGGCAAGAAGAAAUUUUGAUCCGUCUCUAAACAAAAGAUAUUUAAGGAAUCUUCUGGGCUGGAAACGACGUCCUGGGGGAAGUAAACUACCUCAGCUUCCUGAUGACUUGGAUAACAUAGAAGUUCCUAAGCAUUUCGAUGCACGCAAGAAGUGGAAGAACUGUAUAUCUUUACAACAAGUCAGAGACCAAGGACCUUGUGGUUCUUGCUGGGCUGUAGCAGCUGCUGCCGCUUUCACAGAUCGUUGCUGUAUCGCUACCAAGACCGCGUUCAACGGCCAUCUCUCCGCCGAGGAGCUGCUCUGUUGCUGCUCUUCCUGCGGCCUCGGUUGUGAUGGUGGGUACGACGACGAAGCGUGGACGUACUUCAGCACCAACGGCAUCGUCACUGGAGGGGAUUACCACUCUCACGAGGGGUGUCAACCCUAUACAUUGCCCACCUGUGAGCAUCAUGUACCUGGGAGCAGGAAAAACUGCAGUGCUUAUGGAGACUUGCCAACACCACCGUGCAAGAAUGUCUGCUACAACAAGAAAUACAAAGAUCACACUUUCGCUGAUGACCACCAUAAAGUUAAAUCUACUUUCACGAUUGUGAACGAUGUAGCAAAAACACAAAAAGAAAUCUUUAAACACGGUCCUGUGGAAGCUGGGUUUGAUGUAUAUGAAGACUUUCUAAGCUAUAAAUCCGGAGUAUACCAGCACACGACCGGGGAUUACCUGGGAGGUCAUGCCGUAAAAAUUAUAGGCUGGGGGGUGGAGAAGAAGGUUCCCUACUGGUUGGUAGCCAACUCCUGGAACAGCGAUUGGGGUGACCAAGGCUUCUUCAAGAUUCGGAGAGGAAACAAUGAGUGCAGUUUUGAAAGUGAUAUUUCCGGGGGUUCUCCAGACUUUCACUUCAAAGUUUAUGGUUACACAGGAUAUUAUAUCGUGACAAUGGACACACAACUGGCGGCCAUGUUUCUGUGUAUUCUUGUUACAACCGAGUCCACUGUUGUAGACUUGAACCAACAAUUGGAGAGAGAUGAAGUCAUAAAUGCUGUGAACUCUGGAGAAUCUACCUGGAUUGCAGGUAGGAACUUCGAUCCAUCAUUACGUAAAUACUAUUUGAAAUCUCUACUUGGAUGGAAGAAGCGACCUGGAGACAGUUUGCUUCCUGCUUUAGUUGAUGACGGGGUCUCUAUUGAUCUCCCUAAACACUUCGAUGCCCGCAAGAAAUGGAGGAAGUGCCUUUCUCUUCAGCAAGUAAGGGAUCAGGGUCCUUGUGGCUCCUGCUGGGCGGUAGCGGCUGCUGCUGCAUUCACAGAUCGACUGUGUAUUGCCUCCAAUACCUCAUUCAACGGCCACCUGUCUGCCGAAGAGGUUCUAUCUUGCUGUAGCUACUGUGGGCAAGGCUGUGGGGGAGGAGACGAUGACUAUGCCUGGACUUACUUUAUGACUAAUGGCAUCGUCACGGGUGGCGAUUACCAUUCACAUAAGGGAUGCCAACCUUAUACCUUACCCACCUGCGAACACCAUGUCAAUGGGACAAGGAAGAACUGUAGCACUUACGGUGACCUUCCCACUCCUCCAUGUCAAAGCGUCUGCUAUAACAAGAAAUAUAAAGCCCAUAACUUUACUGAAGACCACCACAGAGUAAGCGCUAUAUUUAUGAUAGCAAAUGAUCUUCCUCUAAUAAAAAAGGAAAUUUUUGAAAAUGGCCCUGUCGAGGCUGGAUUUGACGUUUAUGAGGACUUCCUAAGCUACAAGAAAGGAGUAUACCAGCACAAGACAGGAAGCUAUUUAGGAGGACAUGCUGUCAAGAUCAUAGGCUGGGGGGUGGAGAAGAAAACUUCUUACUGGCUAGUGGCUAACUCCUGGAACAGCGACUGGGGCGAUCGUGGCUUUUUCAAGAUCCGGAGAGGAAAUAACGAGUGCAACUUUGAAAGCGACAUUUCCGGAGGCUAUCCAGAAGUUUAAAAAAAUUAAUUCUGCAACAGUAGGAAAUUCUACAAAUUAAAUUAUUUUGUUCUAGA